AUGGGGUGGCGCUAUCACUAUGAAGCUGCAUCUGUAUUGCGGGAUAUUUUCUCCAGCAUGAAGAACAGACUAAUGCUGGUAAAACACCGCUUCAACCUGACGGCAGAGGGAGUCCACAUCCAGCAGAGGCUGACAGGCUGCGAGGUGUUGGGGGAUGGACAGCCGGCAGUCAUUAUGUUCACCGACAGCUCUGAUGGACAGGAUGCCGACAGCCGGAUGUACAAUAUGAUGCAUUUCACCAACGCCAGCGGCGACAGAUGGGAGAUCCAGUGGAGCACCAUGAAGAGGAUGCACUUCCAGAUGCUCUACUCUAACAUCUACCUGCCCUUCUGUGUGCGGACACUCUAUCACCUUGUGGACUACGAGAAGCGUCAGGUGGCACAUCGGGUUCGUCCUCGAGUCUGCUUCAUCACAAAGCCUGUUAUGGGUGGUGCUCAGGUCACCUGCCUGGCCACGGACUUCUACCCUCGCCACAUCAACCUGACGCCGCUGAAUAACAGGCCCGUGCAUGACAGUGAGCUGACUGGCGGCUUGGUGCUGCCCAAUGGCAACGGCUUCUACCAGGUGAGGACGAAGAUGAUGGUCGGUGAUGAGGAGCUGAAGAAGAAACACAACUACACCUGCACAGCGUCUCACCUGAGCUUGGACAACCGGCUGGAGGUGAGCUAG